GCGGCGAGUGGUCGCGCGUGGGGUGUCGCUCUCGUCCCUUUGAAUUUCUCUCGCGAAGUAUUUGCAUAGUGAAGUGCGUAAGUUUGUAAACUGUGGAGAUAUUUGAAACUUUCUAGUAUUGUUUGUUUGAAAAAUUGUUUCGUUUGCAAUGACGGUGUAGUGGUGUUGGAUAAGGAUGUAAGACUGUUUAUUAUUGUUGUGUUUAUGUAUUGAGUGAUGUGAAGUGACUCUGUUUGGUUUUGAGACUAAUGUUUUAAUGGGGCAAAAGACCUACAAAUGGAUUUUAUACAACAAAAACCUGCCCUGAUGCUGUAAUACUUACACAAGAUGGAGAGACGCGAGGAGGUCCACCGACAUGGCUGCAGCAUUGCGAAGCAGACCAUCCUGACCACACACCCCAGUGGACUGCAGACCAGGGUGUCAGUGGAACUUGCAAACUUCGAUGCUCUGUGUCUCCAUUCAGAAUGCAAAACCAAUCCCAAAAGACCUUGGGAAGGCAGCCCAUUUGCCACACGACGUGGUCUUUUGGGAGGAGUCUCGGCCCACGCCACUCCAGUUCUGGGUAGACGGAGUGACCUGGUCAAUGAGGGCAGGUUGUCCCAACAAUGCACACCGGUGAUGAGGAGGCGCGAAGUCCUGGACAGUCCUGGAGGGUCACCUCUGCUGUCCAGGAGGUCAGAGGUGGAAGAGGAAGAUUGUUCCGACGUGGACAACAGUGUCAUCAGUGGCUGGCUGAAGUUUCGAGACAACAAGAGGUGGAAAUCGCGAUGGGGCGUGGUGACCAAACUGUCUCCUGCUGCAGAUUGCCUCCACCUCCAACUGUACAGAGACCCGAAGGACCGAUACAAGAAAGGUCAGACCAAGGCGUCCCUCUCCCUCCAACACUUCCUCGGCUUCGAGUCUGGCUUCACGCUGGACAAGGAGUCCAACACCAUCGCCAUCAUCUGCCAAGACGUCACAGUCGUACUGGCCUUCGAGACCAGGGAGAGGCUAAUAGCCUGGCAAGUCAAGGUCGGGGGCCAACUGGGCUCCUCUAAACAAUUUCUGGUGAUGAUUGGAGGAGGAGGAUCCAAGAAGCUUCCAGCUGGUCCUGCCAGGAUGCAUAUUCAGGGAAGGAGAUUCGCGCUGACUAGCGGAGUCCCACCACGUCUACUAGGCCUUUGGGAGUUGGCACAUUUGAGGCGCUACGGCGUGGUGGAAGGCAGAUUCUGCUUCGAAGGCGGCUCCCACUGCGGGAAGGGUGAAGGCUUGCACAUGUUGAUUACGGAUCAAGCACAAGACAUUACUGAUGCCUUCGACAUGGCUGCACAAAACACACUGCAACGAACUCCCGCUGCUUCGAGAAAAAGUACAGGAAAUAAAACAAGGCCCAGUACGAGAAUGUCAGAUUUUAAUUCAGCAGACCAAUCGAUCCCAGACACGGCCAGUGCUUUAUACGAAGAAAACUUUUUUGGAGAAGAUUGUGGAGUGUCACCAUUCUGGCCAUCGGAUGAAAGGCGACUGUACGAUGAUGAUGUAGAAAUAGGAGCGAGGCCACCCUGGACUGGCGCCGACCACAUCACCUUAGAACGUUGUAACAAUUGCCUCACUAAACUUGGGGCAAUAUCCCGUUCAUCAACAGUAGCACUUACUCCAGGAAAUACUUUUAACCCAGCUUGGACUAUGGAAGCGGUUCCAGAGAGUAGCUCGGACAAUUCAUCAAACAGCACAGAGUAUUUAACUCCUAGGGCAAUCAAAAAGAGCUUAGAAGCAUGUCAAUGUAAAGACAAACCUCCAGAGAGACCGCCUAAGCCUGCUCGUCUGGAUCUAAAGAAACCUCCAGCGCCACUCCCAGCCCAGGCUUGCUCCUGCGCCCACAGUGAUAGCCAUCAAAUUAAUAACCCUAAAGUAGGACCUUACGAAAAUUAUGAUGUUCCUAAAACUAUACACACAGAAAUUGCCCCAUCAGAACAUUAUGACACACCUAAAAGAAUAAAACAAGCAAUAGCAGACGAUCUAUUUAAAGUAACCAACAGCUCAGCCCCGGGAUCCUUAGUAUUAAAGAAGAAUUGUGGAUGUAUACUAAAAUUUGCUUCGAAAAAGAAACCAGUUAUUGUAGAAUGUGAUGAAGCGAUCCAACCAGUAGAAUGUCCUUGCCAAAAAGUUACAAACUGGGCCAACAACUUAAUUAGUCUUCCUUACUGUAAAAGAACGACCGGUGAACACGUUAACACUGAAGUGCUAACACACCAGAAGUCAGAAGAAAUGGCUCUGUACGCAACAAUAGAUGUUUCUAGGAAAACUAACAGACAGAGUGCAGCAAGUAAUGACAAAGAGAACACUAAUGAAUUAAACGAGGCGCCAUUUACUAAUUAUCAAAACAUUGAACCAAAGGAAGAAGAAAAAUAUGAAGGACCCUACGCAAACUAUGAGAAUUUGGAAUUCGCUUUAUCUUUGGAAUAUUAUGAAAAUGCUAAAGAUUUACUUAAGAAAGCAGGUGUUACUCAGAACGAGCUCGAUGCCCUUAGCGCAAACAUAGAUCUUGCUGUAAAUUCAAUACCAAAGAAAUCGAAACUUUGCACUAAAUGUGGCCACUCACAGUCUGCUAUCAAUAAACAAGAUGCUAAGAAAAAUAGAAACGACGAAUACUUACUCAUGGAACCAGCCAAUGAACCGAAACAUGAAUAUUGCAGUAAAACAUUAGGGCCUAACCCGGGGUACACGCCAAUGUCUCCCAAUCCAAAUUGGUCUCAGAGCUUAAAGCAUCCUCUGCACAAACAUAGAGUAGAAAUAGAAAAAUCACUCAGUAUCCCCACACUAACUGGUAAUGAAGGCAGGAUGUCUAUAUUUGGGGCAUCUAAUGGCAGCAAAGAUGCUAUACAGAAACGAUCAAGUUCUGUAGACUCUGCCAGGCUUCUUGAAGACUUGAAAGAGUUUGACAGCAGCAUAGGAAGCCAUGCAACCUCGUCUUCUUUAGAAACACUGAGGAACCUCGCGAUAGAGAAUAGAAGAACUUCUUCACCAUGUGAUAACGACGCAGAAUGUUAUGAUUGCUGCAAGUCGUCAGGAUCUGAGAACAAGACAUCUGAAGAGAGUUCUUGUAAAGAAAUUCCACAUUUGAGAAAUAAACUAAUGGACAAUGCACAAAUCAAAAGAUCGUCGAGCGUGCCCUGCAAGUCAGGUGGCAACAGAGACUCUUCUAGUUCAAAUGACUCGGGAGUGUCAAGUUGUUCUAUGAAGCAUGGACCAGACUUCAAUGAAUUUGAAAUGCCAUUGACUUCUGGGCAUUCUCGGUACCACUACAUGGUACAUAAGAGGAUGAGAGGGAAUAUGAGUGGAUGUGUACACUCCUCACUACCGAGGAAGUCUAAAUCAUCGGAUCCUCUGAGAGACAUGUCGAUGCAGUUACAUAAGGCAGCUGUACCGGCCAAGUCUUCGUCUGCUGAGGCAGAAGUUCCAGUAUUACCGCCGAAACAAUUUAAAGGUGUAAUGGACACGCACAGCACGUCUAGUGGUACGUCGGACAUGUCCGACUACAUCGAAACCCUUUCUAUGACGUCAUCGCACUCAUCCUCCGACACUCCCAUGGGAAUGAGAUUGAGCCGGCAGCCGACGAACACGCUGCGGCCGCGGUCCGGCAAGGAGUACCACAACAUCGACCCCAUCCUCACCUCCAUGUACAAGAACGGGAAGGACCUCGCCAACUACACCAACAUACCUUAAACAACAACACCCUGGAAGUCUUAUACCCACGUUUACAUUGUUUACUCAGGUUCCGUUCCACUAGCUGUUUCAGGUUACAUGCCAGAGACAUAACAAAUAAUAAAAAUGUCAAAUAAGAUUUCUUUUCUGCGUUUUCAAGGGAAAUAUGUUAUUAAAGUACAAGGAAUGCUUGAAUAUUAUGAUAUGAUAUCAUUAUAACACUGAAACGGCUAGUGUGAUUCAACCUUUAUUAGUCCUAUUUGUUUUUAUUCACCAUUAUAGCAUACUUUUUAAUAAUAUUUAGCCAUUUGUUACCUUAUUUAGUGAUAUUUUACAUAACAGUGCUCAAGUUAUACCUUUCUGUUAUCCCUAAUUAUUAUUUAUCUACGCAUAAAAGACUGAAUGUUUAAAUUAUCACUUAUGUUAUUUAAAAAUCGAAAUCUAAUCUAGUCAACAUCCAAAAAUGUAAUAUUAAAUGUAAAAUAGUCGUUUACAUUUAGCGGAAAAAUGUAAAGCUGUAAAAAUUUUGGAUAAUUUUUAUUAAACAACGAUUACUUUUUAAACAAUUUAUAGUCACUAGUUUAUAACGCGCAUUUUAUACGAAGUUUUACGGUGAAUACACUUUGUUUGUAUUGUGUACUGUCAAACACACAUAUCAUAGUCAGGAAAACAAACACGAACGAUAUGAUUGUUGUAAAUAAUGAAAAGACCAGUUAACAGAAGUUGCUACGCGCUACGCCGUUCACUUGCUACGACUGCGUAGCGCGCUCCGAACCUCCCGUAGCGCAUCAGCUACGAACAUGGACCGCGUAGCAUUUGACGGUCGCAAUACAAAGAAACGAUGAACGUUGUACAUUUUGAUAUAGUCCUACUAAUACAUUCGUUGCAGCAAUAAGUAUAAAGUUCCCAGAGAGUAGUGUUACGGUUAAGUUGUGACUUGUUCUAAUGUAAGGGUCGAGUAAACUGUCUGGGCAUCAAAUGAGCUUUUUAUGUACGCUUGCUAUGUGAUUGGACUAACAGUUUAAAUAUUAUUCAACGUAGUAUGGGACAUGAUAAUUAUCGAAAGUUAAAAAAAAUGUUGUAAAAUAAUAUUUAUUACGAUUAAUAUAUAAUGAAGAAAUGUAUCUAAUCACAUAACAAGCUCUCGGCAUGGGACUCUGCGUGCAAUAUCACGGGAUGGCGUGUUUACGAUAUUAUAUCUAUAUAUAUAUUUGUAGUAUUUUCGCUAGCUCAUAUACUACCCACGUACCAGGCUGUAUAUCAUCCUCGAUCUACAUGUAUACCUUAUACAUAUGAAUAAACAUUAUAGUAAUUUGUAA